GUCAUUUGGUAAAGAUUUCUUUUACCGUGAGUACUAGUGAGAGAGUUAAGAACGGUUUAGUGACAUCUUCAAUUUAAAUUUCGAAAAAAUGUACAGAGAAGCAGUAGGUUGGGCUUUUACCGCCCUUUUGGUCUCCAGUUCUCUAGUAGGAACAUUCUCUUAUCCAAAUGUCCAAAUUAACUCCAGGCCAGUAUCUUCAGACGCAGCUGCAUCACCGUCAGAACCACGUAACUUCUAUCCAGUGAAAGGCCCCAGAGACGUGCCACAAUUCCAGAGAGCGGAAAGAAAAUUCGCAGAAAAACCAAAUGCAAUUAAAAAGGUGGCUUUGGAUCGACUGGAUGAUGUCGAGAGUAAUUCCAUUGCAGAGAGCAGCGAUAACGGUCUUGCCAGUGGAGGAGGAUUCUCUUGGUCAAAUCUCUUAGCACCGGAGAACUAUAUUGGUAUGUUGAUGCAGAUGAUCUUCAACCCCGGUGGCAACCAAGGCCCCAACAAAUCUGACGAUCUGGACACUGCUCCCGUCCCAACAUCCCCAUGGGCCAACUUGCUCUCUGUAGGUCUUAAAAUCCUCACUGCAAUAUUGGGAGGUGGAAACACCGGAGGAGACGGUAUCGACAAAGUAGAUAAUGGAAAUUCUCCAAUGCAGGGUGUUCUGGCGGCCGUAGUAGAAGCUGUUGUGGGAGACAGAGAUCCUGAACAAGUUAACAAGAUUGCUAGACAAGCUGGUGAGUUCAUAAACAUCGUGGUCAACCUUUUGGACGCCUUGAAGACCUCAUUCUCCCACCGUUCCCUCCAAGCCAGAAGUCUAGGCAAGAAAGACUCAGUCAGUGAUGCCGCAGUAGCAAGUCUUUCCAUGAUGAAAGGUUACAUGAGGUCGUUGUCAACUGGAGACACCAAAUGUAUGGAGAGAUAUGUAUGCCAAGCCAACAGUGAGUGUUCAAAGAACGUCGGACAGAGCUCAUUGUACUGUCAUCUUGGAAGUUACGCUAUUAGCUACGUUAUGGAAAAAUCACUGGGAUCUUCAUUCGACGUCUUCUACGAAGCGGGAAGAAGAGGAAGAUACGGUGAUAACUGCCAGGAGAAGUAUUUAGAAUGUAACGAAGUAUAAAAACAAAACAGCAUUGGACUCAGAAUAACAUUUUCGCGAAAAAACCAAUAGAUAGGUACUUAUUUAAACUGAACAGAGCGACUGGGAAACAACAGUUGUACAGAUUUUUAACCGUAGUAAUUAUAAGAACUUUACAGUAUAUUUUAGUAUUAAAUUAAUCAUAUAUAUGGCACUGUUCUAUGGUUGUUUCAACUGUUAGAAACGUAGAAGGUGCGUAGUCAUUUGAGUCCAUUUAGUCGCAUGACAUACCUCUUUCAAAAAUAAACACUCUGUAUAUGAAAUUACUUUAUGAAAGAGAACAAAACUAUAUUUUGUCUUCAUUUUUGAUCAAAUUUUAUGUUUAUCUGUUUGUGUUAAAAAUCUGAUAUGUUGUUUCCGAAAUUAACAAAAAAAGGUGUGCAAAAGCAAAUGAAGACAGAGAAUUACUUAAGUAUACAAAAAAUUUAAUUCAAGUACACAUUAUUGUUUACCUGAAUUUUAUUUUUCACUUUUAGUUGACAUAUAUUCUUGUAAUAUAUGCGUGCCUAACCAUUGAUUUUUUGUUUUGCGUAAUCAUUAUGAUUUUGAUUAUAGUCCUACAAUCUAUUUAAGAGACUCAAGAACAUUCAGCUCAGCGGGGUGCUAUUGUUCGAAAUGUGUACUUACAUAAACAACGGAUCAUUCCAUAAAACAGGUAGAUCCCUUGUUUGUGGAAUUUCACACCUCGAACAAUAUCAUCCCGCAGAGCUGAAUAUUAUUGAGUAUAUUAAAUAGAUUGUAGUACUAUAGGAUAUUUAUUUGCAUAGCUUGUUUUGUUGUAUUGUAAAAUGACUGGAGUUAAGAAGUGGUGUUAGAAGCCACAACGGUUUAAUUUAUUCGUGUUCAGUUGGUGUAUGAAUGUGAUGAUUUUAAAUCGAGUGAUAGACUUUUUAGUUAUUUAUUUUAAUGUUUUUCACUUUUUUGUGUUUGUAAAGAUGUUUUGUUUUAAAUAUUUUGCAAAUGUAGGUGUAUUUAUUUUAAUAUAUAUUAUAUUUAUUAA